CUCACAUAACCCCCCCUGUCCGACACACACAGUACUUCCAAUCCACCCCCCCACCCCCCAUCUACUCCUCCAAAGAACCCCCCGAAACAAACACGAAGAAAAGAUGUCCCUCCAAACCCCCCGCGUCCUCCCCGCCCACCUGCACGCCUUCCACCCCUCCUCCUCGACCACCAGCAAGCACACCGUCCGCAUCCUGGGCACCGUCUCCGCCCUGCGCGGCGACACCGCCACCCUCACCUGCGGUUCCUCGGGGGACGUCACGAUCAUCCUGAAGCCCGACUCGCAUCUGCAGAUGGGCAAGUUGGUGGAGGUUAUCGGGAAGGUGACGGAUUUGAACGAGGGGGGCGUUGGCAUCCGAUUGCUCGGCGUUACGGAUCUGGGGGAUCCGGCGGAUUGUGAUUACAAGAUCUAUGAGCAGGUUGUGAACGCUACGCAUAAGCUGAAGUCGAUUUUCUAUGAUUCGAAUGAGUGAAGUGAGGUGGAGAGGUGGUGAUGAGGAGGAGGAGGAGGAGGAGGAGGAGGAGGAGGAGGAGGAGGAGGAUGAGGUUGAGUGAUAUACCCCUGUUGCGGUUUGAGGAUUGGAGGGAGAGUGCAUGCUGUUGUUUUUAUGAAUAAAAUGUUAUUGAUUGUCUGUUCCGGGUCUGAAGCCUUGAAGGACAGAGAGUAGGUGUAAGCCUGGUCGGGUUAGAUGUGAGAGCUACGGAGUACAGAUCAAGAAGUCAAUCAAGCUAGACAAGCAGAUCCAAUUCUACACGCCGAUAAGUAGAAGUCUCAAUUGAUUAUUUCAUUGUUGUGGCCG